AGACGGCUGCAGUAAGGGGAGGAGUGAAAAAAGUGCAGGCAAGCCGGACACUUCUUGAAUCUCGCUGUGUUGUGGACUGCAAAAGUCAGCAUCCAUCAACACGCGCCUGGACAGCAGAGUUUCGUUUAGAUGUAUCCAUGCAAAUACGUGCUAUCGAAUAACUGAGGUCCAGAUCCACAGUGUGACCUAAAGCGUUGCAAGAAGAAGAAUGGAUCCUUCUGCAAGCAAUCAAAAUGAUGUGUCUAAGAAGCUUGAAUUCGGAUCAGUUUCAUGCCCACGUUUAAACUCAGCUGUGGUUGAAGAGAUCUUACAGUAUCUGCCUGCAGAGGAUGUGGUAUUAAAGUGUCGUUUAGUGUGUCGUGAAUGGAAGGAGGUGGUGGACUCACCAUCACACUGGAUAAGGCGCUGUCGGAGAGAGGGGUUCGAGCUCCAACAUGUGCCCAGACCUCCAGAGGACUGGUGUCGGUUUUACUUUUGGUUUAAGGAAAAACAAUACGUUAAAGAAGUUGUAUGCGGAUAUGUUGGGCCGAUCACGCUAUAUCAUCGCAUUCGGCCUGGAGAACGCAGGUGGGAGGAGCUUAUGUGGCAAGUGGGAGGACCCAAUUGCGAAACUAUAUCAGCUCAUUAGAACUGACCUGCAUGCAGUCAAAACUGCAAAAUCGAGGGUGGAAGGUUUUUGAAUAAAUGCCCUGGAGCUCACCUCGCUUUCCCUUCCCAGCAUAACCUGGUGGAUACACAAGAAGCACAAUAAGAACUAGGGUUAAUAGUUGACAGUGAACAUUUACAAACAUUAAGAAUAAUUUCCCCGCUCUAUAGGUCCAUGCCAUGCAAGUGAAUGGUGUCCAGAACUUUUAAACUCCAAGGGAUGACAUAAGUAAAUUAGAUUUUUAGUUUUCCUAGACUUACAACUAGUUUAUUCAUCAACAAUUUACACACACAGUACCAGGUGUGCAGCAUUUGUACUCAAACACACACUCCAAACAAGUGGAGAUUGAGUACAUCUUCCAGAAGAGCUGUUUGUAGUGAGACAACUUAUUUUUCUAACAUUUAACAUUAUCAAUGAUGUUCUUGUUAUGCAUUUUAUUUUUUAAUGUCAAUAUUUACUUUCUAGCCAUAAGAAGUGUGCCUGAUUCUUGAACUUGUCAUCCCCAAAUAUGUCCCUGAACCUUGAGCAAGCCAAUGACAGGGUCAUGUAGGCAGCAUCUUCUUCUUGAAGAACAACUUAAAGAAGUAUAUUCUUUAGCAACGCUCCUAAUAACUGAAAAGUUAGCACAGGCCGUUAAAAAUU